UUCUAUGAGCCUUUUUCUUUUCCCUUUUUCCACACUGUCACACGCUUGACAAAAGAAAAGCAAAAACCUCCAUCUCUUUUCGUUGUUGAAAAUUCUCUUGUUCUUGUUUCUAUUUCGUAUCUAUGGAUUUUCCUUCAAACCCAAGGUAAGAAUUUCUCUAUCAGUUUCAUACACCCUACCGACUUUAAUCGUUAUUUACGCCAAACCACAUACUCAACUCACUGUACUCCGACCCCACAAUUUUGCCUCCGAUUCUCACUUUCUCAUCCAUUCUUUUGCCUUUUUCUUUGUUAAAACUUGCAGCCAUGUCUCGAUUCUUCAGUGAUCGAUCCCGAGGAAGCUCUCGAAGGCAUGCUUCCAGUUCCGGUUCCAGCUCAGUGAUAGUCGACACAACAACUACCACUACUUCUGCCGCCGCAACCUCCACCAGUGCCGGCACUACCUCUAUAACCAUGCCGGUUUAUCCGAUUGACGAGAUCCCCUCGCCCUUUGGCGAUUUAGGCUUGCAACUGUCGGAGACGGAGCUCCGAGUGACCGCGUACGAGAUCUUGAUUGGAUCGUGUCGGAGCACUGGCAGUAAGCCGUUAACUUAUAUUUCGCAGUCGGAAAGGGUAGUUGAUCGGUCUCCGUCGUUGUCGACGGUGACGUCGCUGCAUCGGUCGCUGACGUCGACUGCCGCGAGCAAGUUUAAGAAGGCGCUUGGGCUGAAAUCAUCGUCGUCGGCGAAGAAGAGGAUUGUCGGAGGUGAUGAAUCAGGGAAUCAAGGUCGAGCAAAAUUAGGAUUAACGGUAGGGGAGUUGAUAAGGAUUCAGAUGAGAAUUUCGGAGCAGAUUGAUUCGAGAAUUAGAAGGGCGCUGUUGAGGAUCACUGCUGGACAGCUUGGAAGACGCAUAGAGUUGAUGGUUCUGCCCCUCGAGCUGUUUCAACAACUUAAGGCUUUGGACUUCCAAAAUAAUGAAGAACACAUGGCUUGGCAAAAGCGUUAUUUGAAGGUUCUCGAAGUAGGACUUCUGUUGCAUCCUCACAUGCCAUUAGAAAAGACAGACGACGCUCCAAAACGUUUCCGACAGAUUGCUCGUGGUGCAAUGGAGAAACCCAUUGAUGCAGGAAGAAACUUUGAUACAAUCCAAGACCUUCGGAGUAUUGUGUUGUCUCUUGCUUGUAGAUCAUUUGGCGAGUCUACUCCAGGCACGUGCCAUUGGGCAGAUGGGUUCCCUUUGAAUCUCAGGCUCUACCAAACUCUGUUAGAAGCUUGUUUUGAUGCUAAUGAUUCAACUUCCAUCAUUGAAGAGGUUGAUGAGGUCUUGGAACAUGUUAAGAAAACUUGGGUGGUACUUGGCAUGAACCAGAUGCUGCAUAACCUUUGUUUCUCGUGGGUUUUAUUCAAUCGUUACGUUUCCACGGGGCAAGUGGAAAGUGACUUGCUACAUGCUUCCAAAAGCCUGUUGACUGAAGUUGAAGAGAACAUCGAGUCCUUCAAGGACCCUAUUUACUCAAGAAUCCUGAACACUACUCUUAGUUCGAUUCUAGUUUGGACAGAGAGAAAGCUUCUAGCAUACCGCAACGAUUUUCAUAGUGACAACAUUGAGUGUAUGCAAAGCCUAGUCUCAAUUGCAGUAUUGUCAUCUGAGUUACUGGAAAAUGAAAUUGAUGUGGCUUAUAACAAAAUUGAUAACUACAUACGAUCAUCUCUUCGAACUGCUUUUUCUAAGAAAAUGGAGAAUGUGAAGUCAAGCAAGUUUUCCACUAAAAACCAAAAAAGCUCACCUCAUGUUCUUUCUGUCCUUGCGCAAGACGUGAGUGAAUUGGCUUUUGAUGAGAAGGCAAUGUUUAGUCCUAUAUUGAAGGAAUGGCACCCUCAUGCAGCAGGAGUCGCCAUGUUAACACUUCAUUCUUGUUAUGGGAAGGAGCUUAAAAACUUUAUUUCGGGUAUUGAUGAGCUGACUCCAGAUGCUAUUGAAGUGCUCAACGCAGCUGAUAAAUUGGAGAAAGAUCUCGUGCAGAUUGCAGUAAGAGAUUCUGUAGACAGUGAAGAUGGUGGAAAGUCCAUAAUACAAGAGAUGCCUCCUUAUGAAGCUGAAGCACUAAUCGCUAACCUUGUAAAGACCUGGAUCAGUACGAGAGUGGACAGGUUAAAGGAAUGGGUUGGUAGAUUCCUCCAACAGGAGGUAUGGAAUCCGCGAGCAAACAAAGAGCACAUUGCUCCUUCUGUUGUUGAAGUUUUACGAAUUGUUGAUGAAAGUUUUGAAGCAUUCUUUUUGUUACCAAUACCACAACACUCAUCGUUGCUUCCUGAUCUAUUGACGGGCCUUGACAAAUGUUUGCAACAAUACAUACUAAAGACAAAAUCUGGCUGCGGAUCUAGAAGUACCUAUAUUCCCGCACUGCCUGCUUUAACUAGAUGUUCGAAACGAUCAAAGUUUGGCGUAUUCAAAAAGAAGGAAAAGUUGCAAGCAGGUCAAGGGAGGUCCCAAUUUGGGAUCACGAGUGCCAAUAACUCUUUGUCGAUACCCCAACUAUGUGUCUGUAUCAAUUCUUUGCACCAUAUUCGGAGUGAGCUGGAAGUCCAAGAAAGAAAAGCAGUUCUCCGUCUUAAGAAUCUCGAGCCUCAUUACACAGAUGCUGUUAGGAACCAAGUCGGGAAAUGGUUUGAGCUUUCGUCGUCUUUGUGUGUGGAAGGGAUAAGACAACUAUGUGAAGCAACAGGAUACAAAGUUGUUUUCCACGAUCUCAGUCAAUUUUUAUGGGAUGGCUUAUAUAUAGGGGAAGUCGCAUCUUCAAGGAUUGAACCAUUCCUUCAGGAGCUUGAGAAAUACCUAGAAACCAUUUCAUCAACAGUUGUCCAUGACAGAGUUAGAACACGAGUGAUAACCGACGUUAUGAAAGCCUCUUUCGAUGGUUUUCUACUAGUUCUACUUGCUGGGGGCCCAUCCCGGACUUUCAUUAAGGAAGAUGCAGAACUGAUAGAGGAGGACUUUAAGUUUCUAACUGAUCUCUUUUGGUCCAACGGUGAUGGACUUCCUGCUGAUUUGAUUAGUAAACAUGCAGGCAACGUUAAAAGAGUUCUCGAUCUAUUUCAUUUAGACUCCGAAAGUUUAAUUGAGCAGUUCAAAUAUGUGAUGAUGGAGUCACAUAGCAUGCAAGCUAAAUCGAGGCUUCCAUUGCCUCCAACUUCUGGUCUCUGGGAACCAACCGAGCCAAACACACUACUUCGAGUCUUAUGCUAUCGCAAUGAUGAGAUAGCAGCAAAGUUUCUCAAGAAGACUUACAAUUUGCCCAAAAAACUAUAAACUGACUUGUUGAUGAACAUACUGAUGGCUGUAAAAUUCCACGCCUCAUCCAACCAUACAAUGUACUGUACAUAGUAGGCAGCUUUGUGCCAAUUGUGGUGAUAAAUUACGAGUUUGUGCAGCAAAAUUUAUUGUCGGAGAAAACAUUCUUGUGUGAUACCGGCAUGGAGAGUUGCAGUUGCUCUUGAACUUGAAUUUUCAAGAUGGUUAUGUUGCAUCAAUCAGCUUCUGUCGCUCUCUCUUAUCUACAGUCACAAUUCAAGUGAUGCAGACAUUUGUAUUUGUCUGUCAAUGCAGCCCUUUUUUUCUUACAUAGUUAGGCACAAGGAAAACGUACAGAUCAUAACAGAGGCUUCCAUUUACUGUCCGAUUAUGACAGUCUUCUUUUAACAUACAAAUACCACACUGUAAGAAAUCACAAACUACAGGUGUAGGGAAUCAUUUUUCUUUUUUUUUGGCAAUAGUAAUUUGAUCUAAUUAUUUUCUUGACCCCCCUCUCCCGUUUUUUCACUGGUUGGCGUAUAUGGUUUGACUUCUGACUUAUGAGUUAUUUAUUGAUUUAGCUUUUGUUGUAGUUUGGUAGAAGAAUGAGAAGGCAGAUAUUGCAUUUUGGCCUCAACUUUGUAACCUGAGUUUGUAUAAAUUUUGAUGACAUUAGAUUCUCUUUC